GCAAUUCUCAAGCUUGACCCUGCUUUCACCUUCCUCUCUAUUGCUCUUACAUAUAUGCUACAAGCAUUGUGUAUACAUAACUAUAUAUAUCUAAAUUCCAUUUUUUUCCUCGAAUUUCGGAGAAAAUGGCAGUAUCGGCCAAUGGCCGGGUUGCCCUGCCAUCUUCCGGCAGGUUAGGUGGCACUGCUGGAUUGGCAGGGAGGAACUGGAGGCUUGUGAAGUUCUGCAAUGGGCAGUUGAUGGGAGACAAGCUGAAGCUAACACAACUUCAUCAGAGUACUAAUACAAAAACUGGAAGGCCACAUGUGUGCAUGACCCUCACUACUAAUGUUGUAGCAGGUGAGGCUAAGUUGAGGGACCUAGAGAUGGAGAAAAGAGAUCCAAGGACGGUUGUGGCAAUAAUACUGGGAGGUGGAGCUGGUACUCGUCUUUUCCCUCUCACUAAGCGUCGAGCAAAACCUGCAGUUCCUAUUGGAGGAGCAUAUCGACUGAUUGAUGUGCCAAUGAGUAACUGCAUCAACAGUGGCAUCAACAAAGUUUACAUUCUCACCCAGUUCAACUCAGCAUCACUCAACAGACAUCUUGCACGCGCGUACAACUUUGGCAGUAGUGUCAACUUUGGAGAUGGCUAUGUUGAGGUUCUAGCGGCCACUCAAACUCCAGGCGAGGCAGGUAAACAGUGGUUCCAGGGUACUGCAGAUGCUGUGCGGCAAUUCCAUUGGCUUUUUGAGGAUGCAAGAAGUAAGGAUAUUGAGGAUGUUCUCAUUCUUUCUGGAGAUCACUUGUACCGAAUGGAUUACAUGGACUUUGUUCAGGGUCACCGACAAAGUGGAGCAGAUAUCACAAUUUCUAGUCUGCCAAUGGAUGAUAGCCGUGCUUCAGACUUUGGUUUGAUGAAGAUAGAUGGCAAAGGAAGGGUCCUUUCGUUCAGUGAAAAGCCUAAAGGAGAUGAUUUGAAGGCAAUGGCAGUAGAUACAACAGUUCUGGGACUGUCACGAGAAGAAGCAGAAAAGAAACCAUAUAUCGCUUCCAUGGGCGUAUAUGUCUUCAAGAAGGAGAUACUUCUGAAUCUCUUAAGAUGGCGUUUUCCGACUGCAAAUGACUUUGGCUCGGAGAUAAUUCCCGCCUCAGCCAAAGAAUUCUUCAUAAAGGCUUAUCUGUUUAAUAAUUACUGGGAAGACAUUGGUACGAUCAGGUCUUUCUUUGAAGCAAACCUUGCCCUGACAGCACAUCCACCAAGAUUUAGUUUCUAUGAUGCAACAAAGCCAAUGUUCACAUCAAGAAGAAACUUACCACCAUCUAAAUUUGACAAUAGCAAGAUUGUUGAUUCAAUCAUAUCACACGGUAGCUUCUUAACUAACUGCUUUAUAGAGCACAGCGUUGUUGGCAUCCGAUCCCGGAUAAACACCAACGUUCACUUGAAGGAUACAGUGAUGCUCGGUGCUGACUACUAUGAAACUGAUGCCGAAAUUUCGUCACUGUUAGCUGAAGGAAGAGUUCCCAUUGGUAUCGGAGAAAAUACAAAAAUCAAAGAAUGCAUCAUUGACAAGAAUGCCAGAAUCGGGAAGAAUGUUGUUAUUGCAAACUCAGAGGGCAUACAAGAAGCUGACAGAUCUUUAGAAGGGUUUUACAUACGUUCGGGGAUUACUGUCAUAUUGAAAAACUCAACAAUCAAAGAUGGGUUUGUGAUAUGAUGAGCAUUCCUCCUACGCUUUCCUCUUUUUUGUUGAUUACGAUGAGAAACGAGUAAAAGAAUUCUGAGAUACGUGCAUUUCCGUCAAUGACAGGAAGAAUAUAAAUGAACUUGAAACAGAUCAAGUUGUAUUCACUAUUUGAAUUUUGAGUAAUGCAAAUUUUUGUUUAUAUCAA